AAAGGUGGUCAACGUCAGGAGUACAGUCAGUGUCCCUUUGUUUUCCUUGAAGCUGUGAUUUCCUCAUGAGCCUCUCGGUUAUUUGCAGAAGUUGGCGUCUGACCCUCGAUGUAAAGGAAUGCCCCUUUCCAGCUUCCUGCUGAAGCCCAUGCAGAGGAUCACCCGCUACCCUCUCCUCAUCAGAAGUAUUCUGGAGAACACCCUGGAGAAUCACGUAGACCAUUCCUCCCUAAAGUUGGCUCUUGAGCGGGCAGAGGAGCUUUGUUCCCAAGUUAAUGAAGGAGUUCGGGAAAAAGAAAAUUCAGACCGGCUGGAGUGGAUCCAGGCGCACGUUCAGUGUGAAGGUCUCACAGAGCAACUUAUCUUCAACUCCCUCACCAACUGCCUGGGACCCCGGAAGCUUCUGCACAGUGGGAAACUAUAUAAGACCAAGAGCAAUAAGGAGCUACAUGGAUUCCUCUUCAACGACUUUCUGCUCCUGACCUACAUGGUCAAGCAGUUUGCUGUUUCCUCAGGCUCUGAGAAGCUUUUCAGCUCUAAGUCCAAUGCGCAGUUCAAAAUGUAUAAAACGCCCAUUUUCCUGAAUGAAGUCUUGGUGAAACUGCCCACAGACCCUUCCAGCGAUGAGCCUGUCUUCCACAUUUCUCACAUUGACCGGGUCUACACCCUCCGAACAGACAACAUUAACGAGAGGACUGCCUGGGUCCAGAAGAUCAAGGCCGCGUCCGAGCAGUACAUCGACACGGAAAAGAAGAAACGGGAGAAAGCUUAUCAAGCUCGCUCUCAAAAGACUUCAGGCAUCGGGCGUCUGAUGGUGCAGGUCAUCGAAGCUACAGAAUUAAAAGCCUGUAAACCGAAUGGAAAGAGCAAUCCAUACUGUGAAAUCAGCAUGGGCUCCCAGAGCUAUACGACCAGGACCCUCCCGGACACACUCAAUCCCAAGUGGAAUUUUAACUGCCAGUUCUUUAUUAAGGAUCUCUACCAAGACGUGCUGUGUCUCACCAUGUUUGACAGAGACCAGUUCUCACCAGAUGAUUUCCUGGGUCGUACUGAGGUUCCAGUGGCAAAAAUUCGCACAGAACAGGAAAGCAAAGGCCCCACAACCCGCCGACUCCUGCUGCACGAGGUCCCCACGGGGGAGGUCUGGGUCCGCUUUGACCUACAGCUUUUUGAGCAAAAAACUCUCCUGUAGGGGCCUCAGGGAUCUGCCCAAAAGGCUGGGCUAGAGCCAGAUGGACGGUGCUGCACCUGGGCCCAAGGAGCACCGCCGGCUUCAUCCAUCGCGGGCCACGCGCAGCGGGGCUAUUUUCUUGCACACCAAAUUGCUAGCAAUCUAUGCAAACAUGGUCUUUCCUAUAAAUAAACCAAACCCAUAGCACAGUGCCUUGUAUUAGUGUUAACAUCUUUGGUUGUUUUUAGAUGCCAGGGUUUCCAUUUUCAGGGCUACAAAAAGUAUUAAGUGGAAAUGAGGCAUCAGAACACCAGAUGCUACCUGUGGUUGAACGUGCCCAGGGCGGGUGGUUCUGGUGAUGCUGUAGCUACCCCGUGCCGGGGGCCUGUGCCGGGCCACGGGUGCUCAGGAGGUGGAGGACUGGGGAGUGCGGGCGCAGCCUCAGGCUGAAGUCUGUCUACUCUGUGCACUGAACAAAAACAGACUUGAUCAUUUUAUUCCCGAUUAGAUUUUAUCAUCUCUGCUGAGACAAUAGAGUUUGAAAUAUAAAGGGGAAAGCUUGAUUUACUUUAAAUACUGUGAACUCUAAUAAUAUGGAAAUAUUUUUCAACUUUAGUUUUCUGAAGUAUAAAUUAUUUAUGUAAAUUCCUUGUUUUGCCUAUUUCAUAGGACAUGCAUCUUUAAGCUUUAUCAUUGCCAAUAUGUACAGAAAGAGAAUAAAAAUAUAAGUUUAUGAAUGUAACUUCUUUCAAAGUUUGACUGAUUUACGUUCCACCUGAAAGGCUCUUAAAAGGGCUUGGUUAUCUUUGGUGGUGAGACUGCUGACCUCUGUGGGAGCAACACCCUUUGAGUCCUUGUGCUUGCCAGGUGAGCAGCAACCUGAGAGGUAACUUAGAACAGACAUUACACAUCCUCAGCAGGCCCUCAGCCUCCAGCUCCAGCAGCACCUCUCUCUCCCCGUCCCCUGUCCUGUCAGAGCCACAUCUACACCGUCGGAGCUGCUUGUUUGGGCUCUGGAUUUUGAAAUAUGCAGUUUGUUUUGAACAUUGACAAAAAUAAGGUCUUACCCACUAAAUCCCUGGGUUAAUGAGUGCAGCUGGAAAGAGUGGUCUUUUGGAAAGAACCACACAGGCUGCAGGUGCCCUGAUUUUCAGGGAGCACAUCUUCUCAGGGAGCUGGAAGAACAAGAAACAUUCAGAUGUCCCUCCACCCCGGCCCCCAUUUCUGUCUAAACAUAAUCACUGGGCAAAGAAAGGCUGGAAAACAUAAUUCAGAAUAUUCAAGUAAAAAAAAAUCAUAAUUCCAGGUAUUAAUUCUGGACGCUGACUUGUUAAAACUUAGAUGUAAAAGUGUCAACAGAAGAGACACCACUCAGCAUGUGAAACCAAAACAACUGGAUACAUUAAUUAAGGAAAAGUUUGGCCGGUCAGGCACACAGCCUCACUGAUCUCCUAGAGGGUCUCCCAUAGGGUCUUGAAGCAAGUUUUGUGUUGGUUUUGGAGGCAGGUAUGGGCUGAUGUCCAAGUCUGCCUCUGACUGGUCUUCCAAAGCCCGAGACUGUCACUGAUGGGUCAGGCUGGUUUAAAACCAGUUCUGGGGUUACUUGUGACCCGAGCUACAGAAUAAUCCUUUUCUCAAGACGGUGAGGACUUGAAUUCUCACUGGGAUGAACUAUGGCUAAAGCCAUUUCUCCAUGUCUACAUAUGUCAGGGUUCUCUUCAGAUUCAGGACAGAGGAGCCUGGAGGAUGUGAGUCAGACAACUUCUCUGAAACUUCAGAGGACAUUCAAUGUCUGUGCUCCCAGCAACGCCAGUCACCUGCUUUGACCUAGGAACGCAGCUCUGCCCCUGGAGAAAUCAAGUUCUCUCCUGACUGAAACUGAGCUUGAUUUUCUGAAGGGUGAGGGAACGGAGUGUGCCUUUAGACUACUUGCAUCCCCCGGGGAAGGGCUGAGCAGACCCGAGGGAUGCCCAGCAACCCCCACCCCCACCCCCGAGCUCUUCAGGAUCAGGACACUGUGGCACACCAGCAGGAUAACCACCCUCUGAAAGGGACCCAAAUCCUGAGCAGUUUGACUCACAUUAUAGGGGUGAGGAGGGAGUGUGCUCUGGUGAUCAGACCAGUACUUUGGCACUGGAGGGCCUGGACUUGGAAUCGAGAACGCUGCCACUUUCAACAAUGCAGCCGACCUUAACAAGUUACUGAACCCCUCUGAGUUUCACGUAAUGGGAGAUACUACUACUGUCUUGCUGUGAAGACUUUUACGUGAAUAAAAUACCUCACCUAGUUCACAACAGGAGCGCAAUAAACGGUAACUGUUA